CUCCCUUUCUUCUCUCCUCCUCCUAGUCUCCUGGCCAUGAAGGCAGCAGCAGAGCAGCUGAACGCAGGAUGCUGAAAACCCACAGGAAGCUUUUCCCGGGGACCCUAAAGAUGCUACCCAGCUAAAGAGAUAGCAGGCAUUCAGGACCUGAUGACUGAAAUAAUUUGUUCUGCUCACUUCCAUGCAAACUUUUCCUUGAACAUGAGCAGCGUGAGGGGGUAUCACACGUUCCUUGCCUUCUGCCUUAUUCUACUCAACUUUGGCAGCCUGCAAUGCCUUGUUUUAAGACAAGGGGACGAAAGGCAUGAAAGACAACUGCAUCUGGCAUCACCAGCAGGGAACAGCUUAGCAGACACAAAUGCAUCAAAUCCAGAGGGUAACUUCAGCUCAUCCAUGAAUAUAGCCAGUGCUUCUGCAUCUGAAAGCCUUUAUGGAGCCUCAGUAGAGCCAUCCAAGAGGUCAUUAAACAGAGCCACAACUGUAAAAACAACCUUACCAACCAUUCUGCAUGUUCACAAUCCCUCGGAGCACUCAGAUACGGAUGCUUUUGCCAGCACAGGUCUGAAGAUUGCUGCAGAAAGCGAAAGGAAAAUCAGUCUCAAUGGGCCCAAUGAAAAACCGGAUAAAAAUGGGACACAGGAAGCUUUAAUUGCCACUGUUGUGACAAUUCCAGAUCUUCUUGUUGAAGAUGAUACACUUAGCUCUGCAAAAGAAACAGUGGAGGGAGGUGGAGGAGAAGGAAAACUAGAUGGAGAUCAGUUUACACUGGGCAGUCUGGAGGAAAGUGCCCAUGUUGACCCUUCAGACAAUCCCCAGGUAGUUAUCCCCAAAGUAAUAAUUAGUUUUCCUGCUACACCAACAUCAAGCAACCUCUUCAAGAAUCCAUUUCUUCCAACGAGCCCACCAGUUGAUUUGACAAAAGGUUCCGAUGGAAAUAGCUUCCCAACAAUCUGGAUGGGCACAGAUGCAGCUACAGAGCCCAGGUCGUUGCCUGCAGAUGCCUCCUUAAAUUUGGAAGGGGAAAUCUCAGAGAACCAAGGGCCCUUGAAAGGCAUCUUAAGCCCUACCACGAUGGCCACUGCGGGCUUACUGCUAAGUGAUGAGUGGGAUGAUACCAAAUUAGAGCCUUCCAGCCAGGCGAAAGCUAUGCAUCCUCUGAAGAUAAACCAACCUCAGAUAGCGCAACCAACAGGACAGGAGAACGAUGAUGUGAAAAAGGACCCGUCACCAAGAUUAUUAGCAACCACAGCAAAAGGAAGCAAAGAUAAUCAGAAUGGGUCAGGCCAGAUACCCAUGCAGGUAGAGGAAUCGGCCAAUACAAGCUUGAAUCUUGCUCAUACAAUUGAUCCAUCUGAGAAGGUUGGAUCCCAGUCUGAAAGUCCAGGGGAAAAUGUAGAUCCAACAGUGAUCAUCAGGUCUAGAUUGUUUCCUGAGACUAUAACUACAACAGAUGCAACCAAAUCAGAUGUCUUCCAAACCUUAAGACACCAAUUAAGAGGAACAGCCACAGCCUUCCCUGGUACUGCUACUGUGCCAUCACCUGGCCUACCUACCCAGAAGACUACAGAAUCACAAAACGUGAUGGAGAAAGAAAUAGAGUUGGCAACUCAGAUAUCAACAGUUUCCAGCACCGCCCAACUCUUGAGGAUAUUAGAAACAGUUGCUCCUACAGGGUCUCCUCCUUCUACCCAUCUCCCAGUGAAAAUGGUGGCAGUUAAAGAACCUGUCACCCUCCUAGAGAAUGAAGAGAUCAUUUCUGUUACCUAUAUUCCUGCAACGGUGGCUGAUCUGAGGGUGCCAGCUGAAAUGACUCUGCCUUCUUUGGCAUCUUCAACAAGACAAACCACAGUUCUAGCUGCCCACCGAAUUACCACAGCUUCAACUUAUGGGCUGGAAAGGCUGGAAUCAGAAGAGGAAGAAGAGGAAGAAGAAGAAGAGGAGGAUGAAGAAGAAGAAGAGGAAGAGGAGGAUAUGGAUGAGGAUGAAGAAGAGAAUGACGUUGACAGAGAACCCAGUUUAAUAGAUGAAAACUUAGAUGAUGCUGACCUCUCCAGUUUUACUGUUCCUGGGGAAACCUCACAGGAACCCUUGGAAGGUCUGGAAAGUCCUGCAGGAGAGCUCUCAGGAAUAUCCUAUCAUGUACCAAACGCAAUUGAAUGGGAACAGCAGAACCAAGGGCUCGUGAGAAGCUGGAUGGAAAAACUGAAAGACAAGGCAGGAUACAUGUCUGGGAUGCUGGUCCCAGUGGGUGUAGGCAUUGCUGGAGCCCUUUUCAUCCUGGGAGCGCUUUAUAGCAUCAAGAUCAUGAACCGCCGUCGCAGAAAUGGCUUUAAAAGACAUAAGCGAAAGCAGAGAGAAUUCAACAGCAUGCAAGACCGGGUGAUGCUUUUAGCAGACAGCUCUGAAGAUGAAUUUUGAAUCGGGCUGCAAAGCUACGUCAUGUUCUCCAGUGACUUACUUUGUUUGCAAAGGGAGGUUUGCAAGUAAAAAAAAAAGUCUUUCUGCUGCAUCCCAGUGGCCUGCCCCUGUUGUGCGUUCACACGGCAGUGUUGCUUUACACAACCGGUCCCCAAAAGGAGAAACACACACAGCCAAACACAUCCCCCUCACCGCAUGUUGCAGCCUUUUAAAAAAACACCAUGCAUUUGUGCAACUUCAUUUCCAUUGCACUGCAUGUUCUUAAAGAUGAAACUUAACAAUCACUCCACUAAGAGUGGGGGACAAGACAGGCUGAAUGACAUUAAUGGUCCUAAGGUUCUAAUUUUCAUGUUGAUGCUAGCAAUCAAAAUGUCACCCUUUCCCAUAUUGUCUUGGGGAGGAUGAAUUUUUUUAGCCCAAAUAAUGCCUGUCAAUCUCCCACUAGGAUGCCAUCUUCUAAGAUGUGGGAUUUCCUGAGCUGAAGUUCAUGGUUUUGAAAAUAAUUGGCUCUGUUUAAUUAACAAGGGGAUCAUAUAGAAGCAGUCCACCUCAUAAACAGGAUAGUAACUAUGUAGGUAGAAUACAAUGAACAAGCACGUCAUGUAUAUAUAUAUAGUGUAUUAUGCUUAGGGUCAAACUAGAUAGUCACAUACCCAAGAGACAUGUGCUUUGUUUUGUUCAUUGUGAAACAAAUGGGAGUGGAAGAACGGUAGGGAGAAUGCUUUCAUCAGCUCAGUGGGGGACCCAUAAAGAUCAAAGUACUAAGCAAAUUGUCACAUAUGCAUGGCAUACUUCACAUGACUAUUUACUCAGCUCCCACAGCUAAAAAAAACCUCUCUACUGUCUGCAGUGUUCCCAAAGUGAUAUGGAAAUGGUCCGUGUACAUUUGAUCUGUGAGAGAUCAUUACUUGGUGCUGUGGUCAUCAAAUGAUGGCAAGGAAUCAGCGGUAAAUGCAGUGAUAGUGGUGCCCAAAUUCCUGACACCUUGAGGCAAAGCACUUUUUGAUCUGGGUUAAAGUUUAGAGUACACUUUUAUUUUGUGCGCUCAGACAAACGCCAAGAGCUUGGGGCAUGUUCCUUUGCAGCUGCUUGGGUAUUGAGCAAAGUUAUCAGCCCUAUUUAUUUAUUUGGAAAAUUUAUAUAGCUGUGUGGAGUCACCUGUGAGCGAGUAGGAGGCAAUAUAAAAUUUAUAAAUAAAUAAAUAGGAUUGACAGUUCCGUCUACAUCUUUGCAUCCAUAAAGCACCCCGCCCCAUUUCACUUCCUUUUAAUUUAGCGCUUCCAGUGAAAGCUGGCAUUCUGUGGAACCACCCUCUAACAUUCUAUUUUUUUACAAAAAUAUCUCUAGAUUCAAUAGACAUUUCAUUUCUCUUCUUGGAAAAUAAAUAUGGUGGCCACAUGUAAUUUUUUUUUUUUUUUGGAAAAAUGUAUCUAUUGGCUUAGGGGGAAAAAAGAUCCAAUUGGGCACCACUUUUUGUGGAGCAUAAAAAGAACAAUCCUCAUUGGCCAUGUCCACAGCAGAAGCUGUUUUGAAAAUAGGCGAGCCUCUAGCAGCGAUUUCAAGGGAGCUCCUUCCAAGAUGUUCAAAAUUCCAAAUAUGCAAACUAGCCAACGCAUUGCCUAACCCAGUCUGAUUUACUGGAUUCUCUCCAAUUGAGUUGGACAAUCAUUCCCAUUCUUCCCAGUCAAUGGGGAUGAUAGGAAUAUUUUUGUACAAUCUGGAGAGAGUUAAAGGUGGGGAAGGCGGGUCUAAUUAAUUGUUCAACUUCCUUGGGAAUAAAAAUGUGCUUCUGACUUUGACCUUUUCCCACACCAGUUAACUAAACUAGUAAGAGCUCUUGUCUUGCUUUCCAUAAAAAGACAUGAGACGUGUAUUAAGCUGGACCUUUGGUUACUACUCCCAAUUAUAUCAAGGUUGACUCAGCCUUCCAUCCUUCUGAGGUCGGUAAAAUGAGGACCCAUAUUGUUGGGGGCAAUAUGCUGACUGUGUAAACCACUUAGAGAGAGCUGUAAAACACUGUGAAGCGGUAUAUAACUCUAAGUGCUAUUGCUAUUGCUAUUACCCACCCUGAGCCACUAGAACUGUUAGGGGUUUCAGGAAGAGGUCACACUCACCAAUAUUGGCUAAAGCCAGAAAUUGGGAAUUUCUGCGUACCAAACAAAUGAUCUUCUGCUAUGUUCUGGCCUUUUCUUUUUUUCAAAAGAGUGAGAGAGGAUGAAAUGAAAGCUAUAACAAGAAAUCUUUAGCUUUAUUAACAAUUAAGUGAUUACUGUUUCUGAUAUACUAUAGCUUAAUUUUUACCAAAAUGCUUUGCCUCUUUGGCUCACAUGUUUUGGGAAUCAUUGUCUAAUCAGUUUACCUGAUGGAAGUAUGUGUAAAUAUAUCCUCCGUGUAGGGCUUCAAUUUGAUCUUCCAAAACAUUUUGGAAGAUUUUUUUUUUUUAAUGACCCUCCUUAGGGUUAUGUGAAGGUGAGAAAAAAGGAGGGCAGUUUUGGUCAAUAACUUCAGAGUAGCAGUACACCACAAAGUAAAUCGUAGGUAAGCAGGAAAGAAGCGCGAAAGCAGUUGAAAUGUCUCUAGUUUCAGGCUUCUAGUCCAUAGAGAGCAAUUUGUUAUCUUAAGGAUAUUAAACACUAUUUUUGUAGAACACACACACAUAUAUACACUACAUAAACAAUGUCUUAGUAAGAGUGGCUUCCUAGCAUAGCAUCCCAAGAUUGUAGACGAGGGGGCCCAAGACUUCCAGCCAAUUGUAAGCAAAGCAAUAUGGCUGCAAGAACCAGCAAACUGGGACCAUGGAUGGCCAAACCAGAAGCUCCCAAGACCAAUAACUUCCAACAAGUGCUAGAAAGUGAUGUGUAGCACAUAAUAUGUUGGGUGCCUUUUUUGAUCUGACAAGGGCUGAAGGCCAUGCAUGCAUCCAGCGAUAGCGUGAAGUUGAGAUGGUAGAGGUGACAAAGAUGAUCUGGAAGCAACAGAAUGGACUUGAGCUGCUCUAGACUAAAGGUGAAAGAUCAUAUUUUGGAUGCUUCCAAUUCCCACCCCUCACCCUCAACCAUAAAUUGGCUGAAUAAAAACUUUUAUCCCCAGUAUGUCAAGGGGAUAUUCAUUCUUUUCCCAAGAAUUAAUAAAUAAAAUAAAAUAGAGAUGCUCUUUCCCUCCUCCUCUCCAUGCCUGCCAGUUCAGCGGUAUGGAAUAGCAAAGCCCUCUUUGUAGCUUGUAGUGCAGGGGUCUCCAACCUUGGCAACAAUAGCAAAGCUGGCUGAGGAACUCUGGGAGUUGAAGUCCACAAGUCUCCAAGUUGUCAAGGUUGGAGACCCCUGCACUAGUGCAUGUUCUCCUCCCACCCAGUGGCUAACUACAACACAUUCAAAGCAGAGCCCAAGCAGAGCAGUCCUCCUGCCCCUUGCAAUUUCUCCAAUGGCCCUUUUUGCUGGAUCAGAUAUGGCAGGCCCCCCCAUGUCAUAGGCCAGAGCUUGGGACUGAUCCUUCUCUUCCUGAUUCACUCCCAGAAGGGGACAGAAUGACUCAAAAUUCAUGGCCUUCCAAUAGGAACGGGAGUGAUGCUUGAUGCCAAGCAUAAGAGCUUGGAUGUUUAAGUCAGCUUUGAUUGCUUUAGCCAGCCUUGUGGGGAGAGACCUUUCUUUCAUGGGCCUUUGACUAGAGCUCAAGGAUAGGCGGAGUUCUAGUUAAGGCAGGGAUAGAAACUGAGCCCGGUUGCAUGCCAAGUAAUUCCUCUUCCAUGGGGGUUCAGUCUCCCUGCAUCUCACAAGACAAGAAGCUUGGCUAAAACUGGAAUUGCUUUUGAAUUUGGGAAAGAUACCUCUGCAGAUUUCAGGGCUAGAAGAGAAAUAUUUUGAGUUGUCUUGUUAGCAUUCUAACCUGUGUAGAACGGGAUUCUAAAAAAAGCAACUAGGAAGAGGAAUAUAGUAGAAAGUAGAUAAAGGGUAGAGCUUGAGCAGGGGUGGAUCUCAGGACUCCUAGUCCUGUCACCUAGCUAUAGACCAGCCUUCCACAACCUGGAACCCUCUGGAUGUGUAAGUGUGUUGUUUGGGAUUGUCCAAACUCCGAGUGUCCAUUGGAAGCUAUAGUGAUGAUGUCAUGAUAUGCCUAAACAAUUGGAGUGUACCAGGUUGGGGAAUGCCGCUUAGGGCCUUUGGUAAGUCACUUUGGUCAACCCAAUUCUUCAUCUUUUGGGUAGGAAUAAGAGACCUACCUCACAGGGUUGUUGUGAGGGCAAGCCAAUAAAGUUUUGAAGCACUUGGCCAUUAAAA